AUGGCUACCACGCUCCAACAGAACGAGCAGCCCCUUGUGGUGCUGGCCUCGACAAACACCAUCAUCACACUCCCAGAUGACACCCUCCUUCUCACACCAGCCACCGUCACUGUAUCACCGGUGACCGGCAAGAUUCUCUCCGUAGUCCGUGAAGUUUUGCCCGGGAGCUCUUUCCCCCCCAAUACCACAUACAAUGACCUCAGCCCCAAGUUCCUACUCCCCGGUCUGGUAGACGCCCAUGUCCACCUCAACGAGCCGGGCCGUACCGAGUGGGAGGGCUUCAACACGGGCACUAAGGCAGCCGCCUCUGGCGGUGUCACAACCGUUAUCGACAUGCCGCUCAACGCCAUCCCGCCCACCACCACCCUAGCAGGGUUCCAAGAGAAGCUUCGUGCUAGCCAGGGCCAAUGCUGGGUCGACGUCGGCUUCUACGGAGGUGUCAUCCCCGGCAACGCAGGCGAGCUGCUCCCGCUGGUCGAGGCUGGUGUGCGUGGCUUCAAGGGUUUCCUUAUCGACUCUGGUGUGGAUGAGUUCCCAGCCGUGUCCUCCAAAGACAUCGCCUUGGCCAUGACCACACUCAAAGACUCCCCCACCACCUUGAUGUUCCAUGCCGAGAUGCUCCCCCCCAUCACCGAGUCCGUGGGCGAUUACGUCCAAAUCUCUGACCCACCUCUCGCCCCCAAAGGCGAUCUCUUCAGCUACAGCACCUUCUUGGAGUCUCGCCCCCCAGCCUUUGAGACGUAUGCCAUCGAGGAGAUCGUCUCCCUGGCCGAGCUGGCACCCAAGCUGCACCUCCACAUCGUCCACCUCUCCGCCGUAGAGGCGAUCCCCAUCCUCCGCAAUGCUCGCAAGGAAGGCGUCAACAUCACGGCCGAGACAUGCUUCCACUACCUCGGCCUCGCGGCAGAUGACAUUGAAGACGGCGACACUCGUCACAAGUGCUGCCCUCCCAUCCGGUCGCAGACCAACCAAGACCGGCUGUGGGAGGAGAUUGUUGAGGCGCAAGGGGAGGGGUGCAUCAAGACUAUUGUCUCUGACCACAGCCCUUGCACGCCAGAGCUGAAGCUGCUGCCUCCGCAUCUUCAGACGGUGGAUGAUGAUUCGCUGAGGCCGAAUAUGCAUCACUCCGACUCGGGUGUUGAUAUGACUUUGCCCUCUGAUCAAACCCACGACAAGUCUUGCUCCCACGCCUCCUCCCGGCCAGAGCUGAAGCCGACGGAUUCAGGCGUGGUGAUGACUCUUGCGUCGGAAACCCCCUCCCCCAUCGAGGAGCAGCCCACCAACCCCCUUUCCACCACCACUGCUACCACAUGCUGCGCCGACACAACCCACCACCCCAACCCCGCCCCCCAACAACGUCUCCUCCCCAUCACAAACACCAACCAAGGCGACUUCUUCGCCGCCUGGGGCGGGAUUUCCUCUGUCGGCCUUGGUCUUCCCAUCCUGCACACCAUCGCCACUGACAGAACCGCUCACGGGUUACCGGCGCCGGAUCUGGUGGACAUGGUAAGGAUGUGCUCGCAGGCCACGGCGCAGCAGGUGGGGCUGUAUCACCGCAAGGGCGCGAUCAAGGUCGGGCACGACGCGGAUUUUUGCGUGUUUGAUAGCGAGGAGAGGUGGGUGUUGAGGAGCGGGGAGAUGAGGUGGAAGAAUAAGGUGUCGCCGUGGGAGGGGAGGCAGUUUGUUGGACGGGUGAGGGAGAGUUGGGUUAGGGGGGAGAAGGUUUUCCAGCUUGGCGCCGUGGGAGGGGGGUUUGUCGGGGGGAAGCCGAGGGGGGAGGCGAUUGUUGAGAGGAGGACUGCUUAA